AUGAUAGAUGACAAUCCAUCUUUAGGUUUCCACCUGUAUCUUCUGGGGACGGACUACCCACUCCUCUUCCUCAUCCAGACCUUCAGAGGGUGGUUUCCCAUCAUCAACAUCCUUGGAGAAGAUGUAGACCUAAAUGCAGCAGAUGCUGCUUUAAAAUCCCUGCUGGACUUUUCUGCAUCAGAAGAGACGAUCCAAACCCAGACCAUGGUACCACCUCCUACCGUCUUAGAGGAUAACAUCCAAACCCAGACCAUGGUACCACCUCCUACCGUCCCAGAGGAGACGAUCCAAACCCAGACCAUGGUACCGCCUCUUACCGUCCCAGAGGAGAUGAUCCAAACCCAGACCAUGGUACCGCCUCUUACCGUCCCAGAAAAGACGAUCCAAACCCAGACCAUGGUACCACCUCCUACCGUCCCAGAGGAGACGAUCCAAACCCAGACCAUGGUACCGCCUCCUACCGUCCCAGAGGAGAUGAUCCAAACCCAGACCAUGGUACCGCCUCCUACCGUCCCAGAGGAGAUGAUCCAAACCCAGACCAUGGUACCACCUCCUACCGUCCCAGAGGAGACGAUCCAAACCCAGACCAUGGUACCACCUCCUACCGUCCCAGAGGAGACGAUCCAAACCCAGACCAUGGUACCGCCUCCUACCGUCCCAGAGGAGAUGAUCCAAACCCAGACCAUGGUACCGCCUCCUACCGUCCCAGAGGAGAUGAUCCAAACCCAGACCAUGGUACCGCCUCCUACCGUCCCAGAGGAGAUGAUCCAAACCCAGACCAUGGUACCGCCUCUUACCGUCCCAGAAAAGACGAUCCAAACCCAGACCAUGGUACCACCUCCUACCGUCCCAGAGGAGACGAUCCAAACCCAGACCAUGGUACCACCUCCUACCGUCCCAGAGGAGACGAUCCAAACCCAGACCAUGGUACCGUCUCGUACCGUCCCAGAGGAGACGAUCCAAACCCAGACCAUGGUACCACCUCCUACCAUCUUAGAGGAGACGAUCCAAACCCAGACCAUGGUACCACCUCCUACCGUCCCAGAGGAGACGAUCCAAACCCAGACCAUGGUACCACCUCCUACCAUCUUAGAGGAGACGAUCCAAACCCAGACCAUGGUACCACCUCCUACCGUCCCAGAGGAGACGAUCCAAACCCAGACCAUGGUACCGCCUCCUACCAUCUUAGAGGAGACGAUCCAAACCCAGACCAUGGUACCACCUCCUACCGUCCCAGAAGAGACGAUCCAAACCCAGACCAUGGUACCGCCUCCUACCAUCUUAGAGGAGACGAUCCAAACCCAGACCAUGGUACCACCUUCAAGAGAAGAUAUUUUUUACUGCUGCAGCGACUGUGCUGCAGCAGAAGCGACUGCCUGGCUGCUCCGAGCUGAAAGCAUCUCCAUCUUCUCCACCUUCUUCUCUCACAUCGGUUUGACGUUCAGGCAGGACCUCCUAGACCUGCUGCAGACCCACACUGAGCCUCAGCCUGCUGCUGGCCAUGGACUGAAACCAGGCUUCAUUUCCAGGUUCCUGGACCUGCAGCUCAUCUGGAGGAAGGCUUCUAGAAAAUGCUGGAAGCAGCCAGAGGUCUGGCGUCUGUCCCAGAGGAGACAGAGAUGGAAGCUGAUGUCUGGGAUCAGCAGGUACGACUCCUUUGGAGCAACUAUUGUUCAGAACAUGAACGGGUCGGUGAAGAACCACAUCUGGACCGGGCCUCAGCAGCAGCGCAAAGCUGGUACUGGACCGCCUGGACCCGGAUUCCAGGCAGACCCGAUCAGCCCGGAUCUGGAUCAGGUUGCAUCUUUGACCCGAUAA